AUGGCCUCCUUCCGGUUCCUCAAGGCCGGUGUCUUCGACAGAGAGGAACGGAAACUGUGAGUUGUCUCUCUGUCCUCUUCUUCUUCUUCCCGGAGAAUCUUUGGGUUCAGUCGUUCGAAAUCGGUCCGGUUUCGGCACGGAAGUGGGGGAAUGAUAACGUCUUCUUCUGCAGGCAAUACCAAUCUGAUAUCCGAGGGCUUAAUGCAUACGAACGCCAUAAGAAGUUUGUCAAGGAUUACGGUACGUCGUUUUCUUUCUUUCUUCUCUCUCUCUUUCUCUUCUCUCUCUCUUUCCCUCCUCUCUCUCUCUCACUCACUCACUCACUCACUCACUCACGCACUCACUCACUUACGGUUCGUGUUUCUUUUUUUCUCUGUACCCUGGGUGAGAGAUUGAUUAUGGAGACUUUUUUCAUAUGAGCUGUUUGUAUUUUGUACACGUCCAAACGGGUUUCUCAUUAAUCUUAUAUGGCACUCACCUUGGCAACAGUGGUCCUGUGACAUAUUGCAAGAAUUAGGCAUUACCGGCGUGAAAUAGGUCCUCUUUUAAUAAUUUUUCAUGCGUUCAAGCAAAACCAAUGUUUUUCUAUAAACAAGAUAAAUACAAAAAAAACUGUUGUUUCCAGAAUUUUUUCCUCGGCUUGAAUUUGGAGUUGAUAAUGCCAAUUUCAUAUAAGACCAAAUUAUCAGUGAAAAAUAAAAGCUACCCUAUGUGACAUCUAACAUAUUGUGUUGGCACAUGUAGGAACACAGGAUCGCUUUUUAUUCAAAUCCGUUAGGUGUGAGCACAGUAAUUUUUUUAAUUAUUUUAUUUUAAGGCCUUAAUUCCUUGUUUGGCUCUAGGCUUUCAAAAGGUUUUUUAACCCUAAUAUAACGCUGAAGUACCGAAUUGAUAUUUUACGCUAUUUUGUAUGAUGAGCUUGUUUCCUAGGUAGUGUGACACAAUGCCUUAUUAGGCCAUUGGGUGCUAAAAGUAUUCCUAAAAAUUAUUAUUUUUUGUAAUUAUUAGGCCGAGCUUUUUUCGUCCCGAAUUUCUGGGCCAAUGCCUUCUCCAAAACAAUAUUGAAUUGGCAGGCCUUUUGUCUGGCUUUACCUAUUUUCUAUAAGUAUCUAUUUAAGGCCAUCAAUGAGUAUCGUGAAGCAGAUAUUUUCCAUUUAAUCCGGUUAAAUCUUCUCUAUCAGCUUCUCCAUGUUUGUUGUGCAUUUGUCACUGUGACUUGGUUGUAAUCCUUCCAAAUUUUAAUGGAUAGCUAUCUAUCUAUAUACUCACGAGGACCUGCUUAGAUUGUAAAGGUGGACACUGAAGAGAUCUCAUUGAUGUUACUUAAUCCUUGGUGAUGGCUUAAAUGCCCAGAUUACAGUUAUCACGAUUUCAGCCUUGGGCUGCUAACCUUCAUUUGUACCCAAUUGCAUCUCUGGGUAUGAGUUUUUUUUGUGAACACGCAAAACUGUAAAACGGUGUACAUCUUCAUUCGUGAAUUGUUGAUCAAUCAAUCUUCUAUAUUGAAUGUUUAACGAAAAUUAUAUGGUAUUGAUGCUGUAAUUUUUGAUUGUAUGGUUCAGUAAAGUUUUAAAUGAAAAUAUGAUGCCGUAAUUGUGCAUGACUUCAACAUAUAGAAAGUAGUGAUCAUGUGACGAAGUUUCAAGAAUGUAUCUUUAGACUGACUAUCAGUAUCAGUUUUUGCGACUAUUUUGAGCUGUUUAGGAUAUGCAACAGUGUGUUGCAUCAGGUUGCCAUGGGAGUCCAUGAUAUCGUCCGUCUUUAUACGAAUUUUACCUCUACCUAUGGAUUUGAACUGAUGGAUAUGGGAACGCAUGCAUAUAAUGAGUUAUUUAUUUGCUGGAUUCCUGUGUCCUAUAGUGAGUGGAUGAUGAACAGUCCCCUGGAUAGGAGACAAAAUCAGGGGGCUACAUGCAUUCAAACAUUUCUCCUAAUUUCUAUAAUUCGAAGGGUCUUAAUGUUCUGUAGGGAAUCCGACUUAUUCUGGAUCGAAAGUUCUUGAUUCCGCAUUUAUUUCCCAUAGCAUCGCUUUUACCCUCAGACUUUAGAAAUGAAGAAUCUUUGUUGAUUUUUCCUGACUGUCUUACAUUCCACAUAUGGAAACACCUAACUGAUACAUUUUAGUAAUCGUGCAAUAAGCUCGUCUGUUUUUGUGGUUUCAGUCCAUUUUGUGAAGCUAAAGUAGUUAUCCUCAACAUGACACUGUCAAUGCAUUCAUGUUAAACUAUUUUCCUGAAAAAUUAAACGAUUCCUCACCUUUGCUUUUGUGAACCACCCCACUCAUGUCAGAUUAUGUCUCGUUCAGAAGUAAAUGAUCAAUUUUUGUAUCUCUUGGUUGCUACCAUGGUUUUGAAUCGAGCAGGGCAGAUGCCCAGACCAUCAGAACCUUAUAUGCAAGAGAUGUUUGCGGAUACGAUGCUUGCAAAUGGAUUCAUGCUAGUGACACGGUGAUGGCUGCAUUUUUUAAGGAGUUCACGUGAAAAUGCAUUUUGCAGAUGGCCGUAUUUGCUGAUGUGACUUUCAUUAAUUGGGCGGGGUGUUGGCGUCCCUGCAAUUGGUUUAGUAAAUGUGAAUGACCAACCAUUGGCAAAUACAAGUGCGAAUAAUUGCUUGAACUUGGAUGGUGACAGAGGAAUAAGUUUAAAUCCAUAAAAGUAUUUUAAAUUAGUGAAUAACAUAAAAAUGAAUGUGUUUUUGCGAAAAAUACCACAUCUGUACGCAAUAUCUAUCUUUGACUGCAGCUCACUCUUAUCAUUGACCAAAAGGGAAAAAAAUGCUGAUGGUAACGAAACAAUGCAGAUUAGAGCUGUUGUCCUCAUCAACAGCAGCUCACUGUUCUACUUUGAAAAAUAAUGAAAAAAGAAAACAUCUUCAACAAAGCACUGAUUAAUCACCUUAGUUUUUCGCCUAGGCAGUAGGUCGUUGCCUUAUUGCCUUAAAAACCUUGGAUCACGGAACGAAGCUCAUAAUUUCCCUAAAAAAAUUGUCUUUAGAAAUUCAAAGUACGACUUUAAUAUAUGGCCUUCUUUGCACUUCUUCAAGUAAGUCAUUGUUUUCCAUUUUUCCUUAUCACCCUUAGAAAUCCGUUUGCUGGAAUACUUUUGAUGGUAUUAUACUCUACAUCUUAAGCUUUUCUAUGGCUAUGUAUAAUCUCAUCCCAAAACCUAUAGACAUGCUAUAAAAGAUAGAAACAGCUUCAAUCCUAAAAUAUUCUCUUCCUUGCUUUGCUGGCUUAUGGUUUCAGUAAUUUUUCCUCAACUCUUGAAGUAUAGAGGGUUGGUGUGAUGGGAUCAUCUCAACCACAACCUUCAUAUGGGUUUCUUUGACCUUUCCUUUCCUUUCUUUAUACAUCGUAUUACAUAAAUAUUUAUUUUUAUCCGAGUUACUAUGUUUAUCCUUAUAAAACUAUUCAGGAUGAUUUUGGUUUGAAUUUAUCCUUGUUUUGGACAUUUAUGGGACACGAUUAACGAACCAGAACAUACUAAUUUUUCAGCUGACUUCUAUGGGAAGGAAAAAAAGGUACGUCCUACAAUGCCUGUUAAGACUGACCAAGAUACUUUGCGAGAAGGAUACAGGUGAGUUAGCUAUUUAUCUCCGUACAUCAUGUGUAAUGGAAUUGCCAAAGGAUGAUAUUAACCUGAUGCCAAAUGCCUCGCCCUUCAUGAUAGCGCUUCAUUUUCCAUCCCAUUAUGAAAAUUCAACUAUUUCUGAAUUGUCUUAAAACGUAAAAGGGAAAUUCUUGGUUUUCGAAAGCUUUAUUUUAUGUUUUGUUCAUUUGGAACCGGGUAUGAUGCCUUAAGGGCAAUGUCUUCAAAUGGCCAUCAUUAAUAAUCUUCAUCUAAAUGAAAGAUAAUGUGGUGCCGAAGAAAAAUAUGCCUAAGACGAUUUUAGAACAUAUUACAAUGGAAGCAGUUAAUUUCAACUUUUCCAAUCACUUUCUUGUUGUAUCUAUUGCGAUUCAUUUACUUCCGAUCAAAAGUGGAACUAUCUUGAAUGGUUUCAGUUUAGUCGUUGAUCCCUGGUUCAUCUUGAAGUGGAACAAAGUCUCUGUACAUCUUUAGCUUGUAGUAGCUUAUCAAUGGUUCGGUGAAAACUGUACCCAGGCACUUAAGCAUAUAACACUCGAUUUUACUGCCCAUUACACUCCACUUUCGUCUGGAAAAAUGCUUUAUAGGAGCUGCAGAGUGAGGAUUGGAGUGGUCUAAUCUGUCCAAGGGAGCAUGCAACCAUAAUCUCCAUCUCAUAAUCAAAUAGAAUACUGAAAUAGUAAAACUGAAAUUAUCCAACUUGGCGGACGUUGUUCUCUUAUUAAGGGUAGAUAGUUGAUCAGAGCAUGUUAUAAGUGGUGGUUGUUCAAGUAAUUGAACAGGAACGUGCCUAUGUUGCGUAUCAAUAACAUGGUUGUUCUGCUAAUGGGUAUUUUCAUGUGUGAGGCCCAUUCCCUUUGUUUACCUUCGAGAGAAGUUUUGUCACACGAGCUAUCUCAUAAGCUUUAAGAUAGAUAAUAGGAAUUCUGCUUCGAAAACUAAAAAUUUGUUUUGCUUACUCCGCCUUGUGAGAAGACAUGAACAAUUAUCAAUCAUAUGUUUUUACCGUGGAUGUCCAGUGUGGUCACAUUUUGGUGAACAAGCUAAUUGCGUUUCCUCUACUAGCAUGUGAUGUUGAUUGAAAAACAGAUUGUUGCAUAUGUUUUCACCAUUCUUUGGUCUUUAAAUGAUUUCUGCCGUCUUGAUUUGUGACAUGUUUGAUUGGCAAAUAAAUGAGAUUCAAGCUGAUUCUGGUAGAGAAGGUUUUCGCCUUUUUUAUGAUUUUCAUGAUGCUUAUGUUAUCUUGGAUUUAUCAACUAUAUGUGUAGAUUUUUUAUUUUUUCAUAGAAUAGUCUUUCAUGGCAUUGGUCCGGAAAUUUUGUCUCAAUUAGGAUAAAAACGUCAUUAAAAUUUCUGGUGUUAAAGUGUUUAUUUUUUAUAUUUACGGUCCUUUUCAGGCCUAAAAAUAUUUCUGUUUUCUUUGUAAGGUUCAUUUUAUCCGAGGAAGAUGAUGUGGAUUCAUCUUGGGAGAAAAGACUUGUAAAACGUUACUAUGACAAGCUUUUCAAAGAGUAUCCUUUGAAGAGUGUCCUUCUAACAUUUUUGGCAUAUACUGGUUACUUUUUCUAAAGCUGUCAUUUCAUAUUUCUUAGGCAGUGUCUCUUGUCAUUUUCAAGAAUAUCAUAUUCCAUGGAACCUUUGCAGAUUUUUUUUUUUGCCAUGACGUUAUAGCAGGUGAAAUUUCUUAACACUUCAAAUUUCAGUUAUGUCAGCAUUGCGAUGUCUAAGUUUUAAUGAACAAUUGUUGUGUGAGGUUUGCACGUAAAAUAUUAAUAGCAUAUUAAAACUGUAUGAUACUGUCUUGGAUAAAUUGGGAUCUCAAUGGGUGGAUAUGUUGAUGUGUGUUUGGAUCUAAGCAAGUGCAUCCUCACUUAACUAGGUAGCCGAGUCACAGGGGCGUCAUGCAGGCUAACUAGGUACUUGAGAUGUUUAAUAUAACGUUGACCAAUUGCAUGGGCAUCAUGUAGGGAUGUAUAAUGUCAGCAUAGGAAGGAUAUGACCUUGUAUCUAACUGAGAGCAGAACCCAAUUGCCUGCAUGAAGAGGGUAAGAAUACGACCCUCUAAUGUUUUGAGAAGACACAAGACCUAGUGUGGUAUUAGUAUUCUCAAAAAUACAAAUACCUGAGUCGCACUAAUAUGGCUAAAACUACUGUUCGAAACUUGAUGUAAUGCUUUUUAAAUGUAGGCCACAAAGCAUUUGAACAAAAAACGAUAGUAGUUUGAAAUUUAUGCGUAACUUAAUAAUAAUAAAAAAUUAAGAUGUAAAGGGAUGAAGGAAUGCGAAGUUUGACUCAUUAACGAUAGCUUUAUAAAAGAAUAUAACAUGUUUGAUUUAAAGAAAAAAAUACUCAAGGCCAGUGAGUACAUUGUUUCUAACUAGUUACUCAUCAUCAUCAUCAUCAUAGUCAAACCUGUUUAUCUUCACAGGAAUUUCAGCGACUUUUAAUCUCUCUGUUAGAAGAUCUUAAUGUGGAUACCCCUUUGUGCAUUUUACCAGCUACACAGGUGAGGCAGAAGAUACUUGAUUAUUGAUGUCAACUAUGGCUUGUGUUUGAUAGCAUGAUCUUGUCGUCCAAGGAGAAAUGGUGUAAAGAAAGAAAAUUAUAUCCAGUCUUCAUAUGGUGAUUUUCUAGUCUCCAUUUCAUGCAUAUAGAUAUCUACUUGUUAAUAUUCUUUGGUUCAAACGCGAAUGAUCUGAAUCACUGUUGGUUGGCUUAAUCUAUAUUAAUAUAACUGUUACACUUCGGGUUUUUCAUUAGAUACCUUAACCUUUGAAAGAUACUGCAUUGCUGACAUGUCACAGUACAGGAAAGGCAAGGUAAGACUCUUAGGAUAUUUAGAGCUAAUGGUUUGCCUUCUCUGAUUUAUAUGAAGAAGUUUACAUUCCUUCUACAUUUUUCAGCUGCUUUAUAACUGUUUUUUUAAGUGACCACGUUCUUCUCUGAGAUUGUUUCCUUUCCUUUCCUUUAGUAAAAUGAAUGCCUAAUUAGCGUUUUUUGUGUUGAAGACUGCAUGCCAGUUAGAGGUUGUAAUUGACACUCGUUGAAUAAUUUUUAGAAUUUGGUAGCUGUGCCCAAUAAGGUGAACAUUAUAUCUCUGUGUAAGUAUGAUAUUAAGGUCCAUAAACUUGCUCUGAAUUAGUGUUUGUUGACCUCUGAGCUUGAAACACUAACAAUAAUGAGGCUGAGUUUGUUCUAGUGGGUUUGUGUUGAUUUUCAUUUAAUGAUUUGAUGUCUUCAAGUUUAAACUGGACUUUAUUAGGUCAAUGGGGGUUCCAUAGUGGGGAAUUCGCUAUUUAGCCAAACGCAAGUGCAGGCUCUCUAGGUGGCAAUUUACAUUCCCUUGACCUUUUCAACCCUCGUGCUGACCCUAUAUAAACUCCAAAAAACAUGACAACUCCUGGUUGGACCUAGUCAGUAAUUGUCGUAAAUAAUCUUGUUGCAUUGGGCGCCUGACCUCAUUUAAUCUGUCUAAACCUUCUUUUGCUUUUAAUAAACAUUUUCCCAUCUCCCCUUAAAGGGAUUUUUAUUUUUUUUAAUAGGAAACGUGGGCCAUGGAAGCCAGGAAGGAACCUGUUAUAAUAAAUAUACUUUCAGUUUCUAUGAUCUAUACUGUCAAAUGUCAAAGAAAAGUUAUUCUCAAUAGUAUGAAUGGCACAUUUAAAUUGUUGUGUAAUAUAUUUUAUAUUUGUAGUCUAUUUAUCCUCUUUAUAUUCCAAUCUUAACAGGUCUUGUUAAGUUUUUUUAUUUUAGUUUCUAAGCAUUUCUUCUGCUUUCAGAUUGGAUUAAGAUGGAGGACAGAAAAGGAAGUUAUAUCUGGGAAAGGUUGCUGGUGAUUACAUCCUUUUUUUUACAUCCCUCUCAUAUUUCAACUUUAUCCUUAUAAAAUUAUCAAACUGCUGUAUCUGCCCACGUUAUGGUACUAUUGGCUAUGGACAGAUUAGUAUUGUAUUCUGGCUUCAUCUCUCCCGUUCUCUCUGAGAUAGACAUAUAUAAAUACAUAUAUAAUUUGUGUGCCUCUCCUCUUGUCCUUCAAAUCAUCAUGAAUCCUUUAUGAUCUAGAUCUUGUUGAACUCUGUUAGACUGGGCUACAUAAAAAGUCGUCACUGUUGUGUUAAAAAUCUGAGGUGUCAUUUCAUUGUUCAGAAAAGAUCAAAUUCUCUUUGUGAUUAGAAGGAUUAAAAUUCAAGUGGUGAUUAUUUCCAAACAACAUUCAAGUCUCCUUAUGAUAAGUUUCCAGCUUUGAGGGGGGUAUAUCAUCUAUAAGCUCACUGCUAUAUUAUCUGACAUGGUAGUGAGUUCUUUUUCCUGGUUUUCUAUGCCAAGAAUUCACUCACCUAUUUCUAAACAGUGCAUAAUAACUUCAUUCUAAUUAUGAUUCAUUUCAUACUUCUGCAGGGCAGUUUGUCUGUGGUAAUAGAGAGUGCGAUGAGAACAGUGACUUGGGAAGUUAUGAGGCAUGUUCAUUUGUCUGCUUCAUUUGACACAUUGGUGUGGAUCUAUAUUUGGCAUUUUUUUGUGGUAAUGUUAACAAGAGGAAAUUUAAUACCGUUUAUUGUGUUUCUUCUAUUUGAAUUACAUAUCAAUUUACUGUUUUUUUUUUUCUUGGAAAUGUUUCGUCCGUUUGGAGUGUCAUUUUUUUUGUUUGUUCUAUUUGGAAUCCUAGUUUAUCUUAUCUCCAGAUCAGACCUAAUCCUCUUCUUGAGAGAGAUCGCCCUCCUUGGAUUACGGAUGUGUGAUUAUCUGCUCUGCUUUCAAACACCAUUGCCCUGUCUCAAAGGUCUUCUUGGCCCAAAUUAAACAGUGUAUAGUCAGCCUUUUCAAGGUUUUAAGUCAUUUUUUCCAAAAACAUUCGUUUUAUAUUUUUUUCAUAAAGCUGUGGGCCAUCCAUCCCUUCCCCCAACCAGAAGUUGGACUUUUUUUUGCCAUUUGCAGAAUUUCUUUUUCAGUACAGAAACGUAGUGAAAUUUAGGUUCCUUCAAUAUUUCGAGUAUUUUUUAUGCUAAGAUCGGCUAUUAUCAUGCUGAUGCAGCAGAUUUGUGCAAACAUUAAUUUAGCACAGGCGGCAUAGUUCAAAAUCAAUUUUACUAAAUGAUAUUUUCUUAGUUGUGUAAAAUCAUGAUGAUUCUUGCACUGCUGGAUUCUCAUAGGUCAAUUUCUCCUACCUCGAAGCUGGAGAAAGUAAACAGGCCCUUGUAAAGUUAGUUGCUUGCAAGAGGUUGGCGUUCUUCAUUAGCAACCCUUUUUAAUAUAUGCUAUGUUUUUGCAUGAUCUACUCGAUUUCCAUAAUCUUGAUAAGAUUUUUUACCCAAGGAACGUCUGUUCGAUGGUUUCCUUUGUUUUGGAUUUACAUCGCUGUCUACUAGAUCUUAACUUUCCAAAUCGCCACGCUAUAAUAUCCUUGAACAAUUGGUUUUGGAUCCAUCCCUGGUUAAUUUUCUGUUUCAAGUAAUCAUCCGAUCUUCAAGUGAACAAUAUUACAAAAAAUGAUGUGUUUACAAGAUGUUAAGCAAGCUAAUUUGAGACAGAGAAUGACUAUAAAUCACGUUGGGGAAGCUGCAUAUUUGGACGAUCUAAAGAGAAGAUGGCAGAUUUCCUGAAACAAUUUUUUAAAGCUGACUAAAUCACUUCUACAUUAAGUAAAAGACUAGCACGUAUAAGAAGCUUCCCACACAGGGAGGGAAUUCUCUUUAGGCUGAAAAGCUUGAGUCUGGAAUGCACCACACCUGUAUGUUCUAACUUAAGUCUCUUUAAGUUUUGUGAAAAAUUCGAGUCACUUAAGAGUCUUCCACGGUAGCAGAAAUAUUACUCUCUGCCAUUCAUUCUGUUACUUAGUAAUCAGUUCCAUCGUAUGCCUGUUUGUGAAUGGAAUUAUCCUCUAGUUCUUUUCCACCGAAUUUCCUAAAUCAUGGCUAUUGGUGUUCCCCAGUUUUAUUGGACCAAGCUUCUCAACGAUACCUAACAUGGGUACUGAAAUUUCCCAAAUCACAUCAUUUAAAAAUCCAAUAAAUCUGAUUGAACUGUCGAAAGCUGCAUCUUCUGCUCUACCCUUUCACUAAAUCAUGCUUCUCAGUGCUAACCAGCCACUGGACUCCAUUUGAAAAAACUAGUUACAAAAAACUAUAAUCAUUUGCUUUUGAUAUGGUGUCAUAGAAGGCACUUGGUAUCAACAUCAAGUUUGAGCUACCUGAUUUUGUUGCCUCUAUAUUGUCUUUGGAGGGCAACCUUUUAUUGGAAAAUUCUGGUUUUAAAUCUGAACAUUUUAUCCCAUACUACCCAUGUGAGGCAAAUUAGCUUGUGAAUCUUCUUACGAAGCCUAUCUCAUAUUUUUUCUGUUUCCAUUAUGUUAUUUGAAACAAUAUGCAAUGGCAGUAGUUCCACGAGUUCCCUAUCAGUGGUGGUUUCCUUGCUAGGUCUUCCAGCUCUUAUCACUUUCCAGCUGUCAUAGGUUAGGAAUUUUUAGUCAAUAUUGAAUCUGGCACAACUAAAUGUUCCUCCCAAAUCUAGAUUAUAUUCCAAUUCAAGAAUUUAUGUAAAAAAAAUGCUCAGGUAUUUUAUGUUGAAAGCUUCUACGUGAUACUAAGGUUAAUAAUUAAAAAUCAUCUUUACCAUGUUGGAAAGGCUAUGAAAUCCAGGUUUUUGGAAAAUUAGCUACCCAGUCAUUCACCUGUCAACAUGCUGAUUCUUCCAAACGAUAUAUGUUAGCUAGUUUAUCAUCCUCCACAUUUUUUUCUGAUGCAAAAUUACUAUAUCUCUGGCUGUAAUAUUUUCUCCGUAUUAAUUUCCACAAUUUUGGCCUUGUUAAUUUUCCACUGAUUGUCUUUUAGCAUAUUCCUGAAUUAUAUUUCUUGCUUCUUCUCCGCUUUUGUACCCUAAUCUAGCCUUUUUUGGAGGGGGUGUGAGUAUGGAAAGCCUGUGCAUAUUAGUCAUGUUUCUUCAACGCGUCAUGCCUAUGUGAAAAUGAAUUGAAUUCUUUAACUGCCGCCUCCCAUCCCUGAUUGCAUUUUUCUACUGCUAUUUUACUUGAAGAUGUGGAGAAAAGCUUGUUUAUAGAAGGAUGAAAGAUAAGGAGCAGGCAAAGGCUAAGGAGAAAGAUAAUCUCAAGAGGAAGAGGUUUUGAGUCUGUUACAUGUCAUUUCUCUCUAAUAAUAACUGGUGGGAGUACAUUACUGAUGGUCAACGAAUAAUCAGGGAAAGAAGUGGACGAGACAGUAGCUCAGAUGAUGAAUAUGGAGGAGGUGAUGCAAGGAAGAAAGGUCUCAACUCCUGGCCCCCUGUUGUCACGCUUCUGUGGCUUUCUUUGCUUUUAUUAGAUCUUGUACUAGUGAGGUUGUUCAUCUUUAUUGAUGCUGGAUAAUUUCUUUGUGCUGCUAGUUUUCUGAUCACCUGUUGGGAUUGGCAAUCUCCGAUGCAGAUGCCUGAAAUAUAAUGACGAAGAUAGAACAAGCCCAUUUAUAGUAAAGGGAAAAAAAUCCGUAUAGUGAUAUUGUAAGCCCUUCAAUUCAAAAGCUUGGUAAAACCUCGAUAUAUCAUCAUUGAGUAAGAUUUUGUGGAAAUUAGGAGACCUUAAGGUUAAGAUUAUGAGACAUGAAACCAUACUAUUGAUCCUUCCUUUCAUGUGCUUCAGCGUGAAGAACUACUUCUUGGUUUCAUUGGCUUCUAAGAUCCUGAAGCUUCUCCGGGUGAAUUGUUUUGUGGUGGAUGGAAUCGCUUAUUGUUUUGUUGCAAUUCCCUGUGGCCAUUUCAGAGUUCUACCCAAUAACUUUUUAUUUCACUGUUAUCAUCCUGAACUCGACCACUGCAAGAUCACACAGAUUCCAGGCCCAAAAAACUUCCGAAUAUAGCAUAUUAUGUAUCAGAACAGUUGAUGACCUGAGCUUCACGUAUUGUUUUGUUGGAUUAAACUGUCAUCAGAAAGAUUCCCUUGAUGGAAGAGCCCCCAGAGUUUCCCCCCGUCUCUCUCUCUCUCUCUCUCUCUCUCUCUCUCUCUCUCUCUCUCUCUCUCUCGCUAUUGGGUUUUGUUUUGUGUUGAAAAUUACUUGUUGGGCAUACUCCAGAUGCUAAAAAGUCAACGUUUUUAUGAUUAUAUCAGAUUAUGAAUCAUCAUCUUCCGCGAGGAGAAAGCAUGAUGGGAACGAAGAUUUUGAAGAGUUUCUCGAGGGAAUGUUUCCAUGA